AUGGAAAAAUAUUUCCCUAAUUAUAUAGUGGUAAGAAGACCAUUAAACACUGAAAUAAAAGAAGCUGGAGAAUGGUAGGGAUUCAUUAAAGAUCUUAAGCAGACUAUAAGGACUACUGUGGCUAAGUCAAAAGGUGAAAUUAUUUAAAAUAUGCAUUCUCUUCAUACAUAGAAUCAUUAGAAAAUUGAUGAAGCAUUUUCACAGAAUUCAAAGCAUACUUUUUCAAAUGAAGGACUAGAAGAACAGAUUUCAAAGUUAAUUAAGCAAAAAAUAGAAGAAAAUCCAAAGAUUAUUAGCAAUGAUCUUAGCUAAUUUAAAUAAUCAUUAGAUAUUGAAGUUGAAAGUUUAAGGGGAGAUAUUAGGACAUAAGGUAAAGAACUAAAUUUUCAAUUAAAAAGUCUUGAAAAUUAUACAAAAUUAAUUGAUUCUUAAACUAAAUAACUUGAUUAACAAGUAAAAGGACUUGAUUAUAAAGUUGAUGGCCUUGAUUUACAAGUAAAAGGACUAGACAAGAAAGUUGAUGGAGUAGAUUCAAGAUUUUUUAAAGUAUAGGAGGACAUUAAUUAUAUAAAAGAUUCCUUGACCUUGUUCUUUCAAAAAUAAUAGAAUCAAUGA